AUGUCUUCAAUGGUGGAGUCUUCAAGACAAUUUGAUGGGUUUGAAGAAGAUGAAAGUUUGAUGAAUGUAACACAAAGAAAGUGUGACAUUUUUAAUGGAAAAUGGGUUUAUGAUUCUAACACAUACCCACUUUAUAAAGCAACCCAAUGUCCAUUCCUGAGUGAUCAAGUGAGUUGUAGAAGGAAUGGGAGACCAGAUUUUGAUUAUGAGAAAUGGAGAUGGGAACCUCAAGAUUGUGAGAUUCCUAGGUUCAAUGGAAUAGAAAUGUUGGAGAGACUAAGGGGGAAGAGGGUUAUCAUAGCUGGAGACUCCAUCAACAGAAACCAAUGGGAAUCACUCUCUUGCUUGCUAUACUCUGCAAUCCCUCCCUCAGAUGCUGAGGUAAAAGUAAGAAGUGGUGUCUAUAAGGUCUUCAGAGCCAAGGAAUAUAACUGUUCUAUAGAGUUCUAUUGGAGCCCAUUUCUAGUUCAACUUGAUGAGACAUCAGAAAAGGGUAGAAGAGUUCUAAAGCUUGACACAAUGGCGUCCUCUGCACGUCAAUGGAAAGGAGCUGACAUAAUGGUGUUCAACACUGGUCAUUGGUGGGUUCACCAUGGAAAGCUGCAAAUGUGGGAUUUCCUUAAAUUCAAAGGCAAAUUGAUGAAAGAUCUUGAAGUAGAGAAAGCAUUUGAGAUAGGCAUGAAGACAUGGGCCCAUUGGAUCGAUCGCAAUGUCGAUUCUACGAAGACAACUGUGUUUUUCAGGAGCAUAUCACCUGAACAUAAACUGGGGAAGCAAUGGUGUCACAAUCAAACCCAACUGAUAAUGGAUGAAUCCUAUAUUGAAUCGUUUCCAAGACCCAUUAUAGGGAUUGUUGAGAAAACAAUCCAAGAGAUGAGGACACCAGUUAAAUAUUUGAACAUCACAAGACUCUCUCAAUAUCGUAAAGAUGCCCAUCCAAUGGUGUACACAUCGAAGCAAGGGAAGCUAUUGACGGAGAAGCAGAGGAAGCAACCGCAGGUUUAUGGAGACUGUAGCCACUGGUGCCUGCCUGGACUGCCUGAUACAUGGAACGUGCUAUUGUAUACCUUAACCCUCCUUGAGAACCCAAGGGAGACUUUAUAGUUCCAAUAUCAUCUUUUUUUCUUCU